AUGAACUUUUCGCUGACUUCAAGCCUAAACAGUGUAGCUCUACCUAAACCUUUUCUUCACCACCAUGAACGCAAACCCACUAUUAAGCUGUCUUUAAUUACAUGCAGAUCAGCCACUAAUUACAAGUCAUCAUCUACUUAUAAGGUGAAGGAUGGAGAAAAUGAGAGCACCAAUUUCUACAAGCUGCUUAGUCUAAAUCCCAAUAUUAAUACAAGCAAAGAUGAGAUAAAGAAAGCUUAUAGGAGCAUGGCUCUUCGAUAUCAUCCAGACGUUUGCCAUGAUCCUUCCAUUUCUUCCACCAAGGAAUUUGUUCGACUGAAUCAGGCUUACAAGACGCUAUUGGAUCCGGUGUUGCGCAAAGAAUACGAUUACGAAUUGGGUUUGGAAAAUUGUGUUGGUACUACUAGGGUUGGUUUCAAGAUGAAUAAUAUAAGAAACCAUGGUGUUGGUGCAGCACAAAAUAGAUGGCGACAACAAGUUCUUGAGUUGAAGAGGAAGUCCAACUGCCGUAUGGCACAGAAGGAAGGGUCGUGGGCAAGCAGAAUGAGGAGGGCUCAUAAUAUUUCUAACAUGGACUAG